AUGUCACCCCAAGGCGAUGGAAACCUCUCGGUGAUGUCUUUGCAGGAGUUUGUGCUGGAUGGAUUUGAGGGUGGUCCACAGACCCAGGCUCUGCUCUUUGCUCUGUUCCUGGCCCUGUAUGUGGUGGCCGCCCUGGGGAACCUCACCAUGAUGGUGGUCAUCACCCUGGAUGCCCAUCUGCACUCUCCAAUGUACUUCUUCCUCAAGAACCUCUCCUUUGUGGACCUGUGUUACUCAUCUGUCAUCGCCCCCAAGGCCCUGGUCAACUUCCUGUCCCCCUCCAAGGUCAUCACCUUUGAGGGAUGUAUCAUUCAAUUUUUCUUUUUCGCCCUACUGGGCACCACAGAGGCGUUACUCCUGGCCAUGAUGGCCUAUGAUCGCUUUGUGGCCGUCUGUAGCCCCUUGCACUACCCCAUCACCAUGUGCCCCUCGGUCUGUGCCCUCCUGGUGCUGGUCUCCUACUGCGGAGGCUGCCUCAACUCCAUCCUGCAGGCCAGCUUCACAUUCAGCCUCCCGUUCUGCAGCUCCAACCACAUCGACCACUUCUUCUGUGAUGUGCCGCCUCUGCUCAAGCUCGCCUGUGCUGACACUACGACCAAUGAGCUGGUCAUGUUUGGCCUCUGUGGCUUCUUCAUCGUGGGCACCACACUUGUGGUUCUCGUCUCCUAUGGCUACAUCACAGUGACCAUUCUGAGGAUGCGCUCAGGAGGAGGGAGACACAAGCUCUUCUCCACCUGCGGCUCCCAUAUGACAGCCAUUUCCCUCUUUUAUGGGACCCUUUUUGUCAUGUAUGCCCAGCCGGGAGCUGUGGCAUCCAUGGAGCAGGGCAAGGUGGUCUCUGUCUUAUACACCCUGGUCGUCCCGAUGCUCAACCCCCUCAUCUACAGCCUGAGAAACAAGGAUGUGAAGGAUGCCCUGCAGAGACUGGGGCAGAGACACACAGCCACGUGAAGGAUGAUGGCCGGAGAGACAGUGUCCUGAGAACAAGACAAGAUGACUUCAUGGAAGGGACUGGAUUUGGUUUGAGAAAUUCAUUCCCUAUUUAUCUAACCCACUCUUUCAUCCAGUGUUACAUUCUACUGUUUAUGAAGCACAUGAUGCUCCACAAACUGCAAGU